AUGUCAGAAAGCCGUACGCGUAGCACGCGCGCCUGCGUCGCAUGCAGUAUCCGCAAGAUCAAGUGUGACAGCAACGACCCGUGUGCCCACUGCGUCCGUUUCUUCAACGGCGAGUGUUUCUACACGACGCCGAAGAAGCGUGGGCCACCCAAGGGAUGUCCGCCCCGGGGCGGACAUAGGAAGCGACAAGCGCUCGAACGCGCCGAGGCCGCCGCGUCAGAAGCCGCAAUACACGGAGCAAGUAGCGGAGCAGGAGGGAACGACGCCCACUGCAGUGUCACUGGCAACAUGGGAGUGGUGACUGCACAGUCUGCCGCGGCUCGAGCCCCGCUUAACUCGGCCCGUAUACCCGACACACCGAAGAUGGACGAGAUGAUCAGCUUCGACCCCGAACUCCUUGCAAUGCCGACGCCGCGUACCCUCCCAUCUCCGCAGUUGGUUGGCGCGUCGCCAUCAUCUGGAGGCUCGAGCUGCCACGCGGCAGGGCUGAGCAGCGAAGCAAUCGACGACCUGCUGCUGGUGUAUGAGACUUUCAUCCACCCGCACUGGCCAAUGAUAUACGUACCGCAACUACGCUCACUGCGCUCGCUCGAGACGUACAGUCCGCUCGUGUUUGAUGCCGUGCUGGCGAUCAGCGCGGCCAACUCGGACAUGUGCGAAAACUUUGGCGUCAACGGAAGUCACAAGGCUGGCCGCAGCUUUGCCGUGGCGUGCGACCUGCUGACCGAGAGUGUACGCGCGCGCGUUCUCGGUACAAUGAAUGGGCGUGACCACGCACCGACGCUCCAGAGCGUCCAGGCCCUCUUGAUGGUGUCGCUCGUGGACCAGGGAGUCGGCCGCACCUCCCUAGCCUACCAGAUGGGCGGGUUUGCGUGUCGCAUGGCCUUGGACCUGGGGCUGCACACACAUUCUGAGGACAUGCGAUCACGCGACAGCCAGGAACGCUGUCGGACGCUCUGGGCGACGUACAUCCUCGACAAAAUGCUCGCCGCCGUCUCGCAACGCCCCGUCAACCUCCGCGCCGUGGAUAUUGACGCCGCGCGCCCAAGUAUCAUGGAGCGCGACGAGUUCGACCUGUGGCUCAGCGGCGGCGCGCAGGCCCUCCUCCAACCCAACGUCCGCGAGAAAAUGGAGACGGUAAAGUCACAUACUCUCAGCAGCUUCAACUCGUGGAUUGACGUCAUGGCGUCCCUCGAGAUCAUCAUUGACCAGGUGUACCGGCCCUCUACCCGACGCGCGCGCAUGCACGGCGAGCAUGUGGACGGGUACGAUGAGGUGGUGGUCCACAUCGACCAGCAGUUGCGCAAGUGGCGCUCUGAGCUACCGGCCCACUUGCAAUGGGACGAUGAUUCGGAUACAGCCCACAUCAACACGGGCUUGCAUCUCCUCACCAUGCGAGGAUGGUACCACAUCUCCAUGCUUCUCCUGCACCGUCCGCAGGUUCCGUUCCUGGAUACGGCCGACUCUCCCGACGGCUACCGCGUCGAAAGCGGCGACCGCGUCCCCGAGACGCCCAUCAACUUCCGCCUUCCCAACGGCCUAGACGCGAGCCGGCACUCCGCGACGGCCGUGUGCAAGAUAAUGGAGCAGUACGAGCGUACCUUCCGCGUACGAAAGUUUGCCAGUUCGUGGGUCUACCUCGUCUUCCAGGCUGCGACCGUACACGCGGGGUUGGCGGCGCACGGCCCAGGUCCUGGAGCGAACCUCCUCUCCCCGACCAGAGCCGAGAGCCUCCGACGCCUUGAGCAGUGUAUACGCUGGCUCGACACGAUUGCGAUGCAGUGGUCCAGCGCCAGCCGACACGUCGAGAUUUUACGCAAACUCAGUGCUGCUGGGGCACGGACACGCCCGCCAUCCCCCUUCCCCGAUCCGAAUUACUUGGAAGUUACAGACUUCCAAAGCGGAGAUGGCGAGACGGGGAUUCCAGGCAUCUCGCAGCUCGACCUCAACGCGUGGAUGCUGCUGUGGGCUAGCAUGCCGACUGCAGGCGACGACAUCAACCUCUGGCAGCAGUGUUUCCCGAAUCCCUCAUAG